AUGGGAAGGGUAGGUGAAUAUGAAGUAUUAGAGACCCUUGGCUCAGGGGCAUUUAGCAAGGUCAAGAAAGUGCGGCAUAUCCCUACCGAUGUGUGUUUCGUCGCAAAAAUCAUCCCCAAGACCAAUCAGCGUGUGGAAAAUGACGUGCGACUAGAAAUUUCAAUCCUUCGUAGACUAAAGCAUCGCAACAUCGUUCAAUUAGUGGAGAUUUUGGAGAGCCCCAACAAUUACUACAUUAUUCUUGAGCCGGUGCUUGGCGGAGAUGUAUGUAGAUUAAUUCUCUCCCAAGAUGGGUGUCUUUCAGAAGAUAUUGUGGCUACACUCUUCUUCCAGCUUGUGGCCGGUGUGCGUGUUUGUCACCAGAAUGGUGUCGCCCAUAGGGAUCUAAAACCAGAAAAUCUGCUUUUGACUGAAGGGAGCGUAUUAAAAAUAUCCGACUUUGGAUUGAGUCGACUGCACAAGCAGAGUAACUUCCGUGCUGAACUCAACGAAUAUGCCCAUACACUCACGGGUACCUUGGCAUAUGUAGCCCCGGAGGUUUUGGGUGGCACCUAUGAUGCUUUCAAGGCAGAUAUCUGGUCUAUGGGAUGUAUCCUAUACGUGUUGCUGACUGGCUGCUUCCCCUUUGGGUACACUACAGACGCUCGGGAGCUGGAAGAACGUAUCAAAUUGGGCCGGAUUUGUGAGAUGCCAAAAACAGUUAGCAAAAAUGCGAGGGAGUUAACACUUUGGCUAAUGUCCCGUAACCCAGAUGACAGACCCUCUUUAGAUCAGGUGGCUUUGCAUCCUUUUCUGGCGGAUCACGUACCUAUGAGGCAUAUUGAAGCACUUACAAGGAGUACUCAACCACUUCCCUUAGCGGCGAAUCCUGCAGAGUUUAGUAGUGAAGUACCUGAAGAAGAUAGACAGGCAAGUGAAAGGGCCCCCAAUAUUUUGAGCGCAGCGGAAACUCGAGAGAAUCCUAUGAAAUCCCCCGAAGACAGUUCAACAGGUCAAUCGGCACAACGAAGCAGGGCGGAACAAACUGAUACUAGCUCGAGACGUCGUUUUAUUCGCUAG